AAAAACUCAGGCUGUGAUUCGCGGGAAAAUGAAAAAAUGGCGGCUGAGAACGUUUGAAGUUCAGCUCCGCGAAACAGAAACAGGAGAACCAGGCGGACACGGAGAGCAGCAGGACACAGACACUCUCUGAGCCGGUACCGAACUCCUGACUGCCUCACGGGCACCAGAACCCGAGCAGCUCGGAGAGGACCAGGAGGGAGGAGAGACCGUGAACGCUUCAGAGUGUCUGUCUUCCCGAUGUCACAUCUGUCUGUCUCUGCUGGAUGUCCAGGAAGCUCAUCAAGACCUUCUGCAGUCUGGACCCUCAGGAUGUUUGAGGACCUGAUCGAACCCUUCUGCAGUCUGGACCCUCAGGUGUCUCCAGGGGGCGGGGCAUGCCACAGCAGAGGAAUCCUUGAGGAUGAGGGGGCGGAGACUAACCUGAGUGAGGGUCAGUUUGUUCUCUGUCGUUGGUCAGAUGGGCUUUAUUACGUAGGAAAGAUCCAGAGGGUGAGCCCCCCUAGGCAGAGCUGCUUCGUCACAUUCGAGGACAACUCCAAGUUCUGGGUCCUUUGGAAGGACAUCCAACAUGCUGGAAUCCCAGGGGAGGAGCCUCGCUGCUCAGUGUGUCAAGGGGCGGGGCCAAACUCUGACAUCCAAUCGAAGCUGAACAAUGAGAUCCUGAUCUGUGGAAAGUGUGGCAUUGGUUUCCACCAGCUAUGCCACGUUCCUCCAGUAGAGGGCAGUGUCACCGAGCUGAGCCCAUGGUUCUGCAGACGCUGCGUCUUCGCUUUGGCUGUCCGGAAAGGUGGCGCUCUGAAGAAAGGUCCAAUAGCCAAAGCCCUGUGGGCCAUGAAGCAGGUUCUGCCAUACGACCUGGCAUCGUUGAACUGGGACUCUCAGCACCGAACCAAUCAGCAGCAUUGUUACUGUUACUGUGGCGGGCCCGGAGAGUGGUACCUGAAGAUGCUGCAGUGUUUCAGGUGUCAGCAGUGGUUCCAUGAAGCGUGCACUCAGUGUCUGCAGGACUCCAUGAUGUUCGGGGACAGGUUCUACCUCUUCCUGUGUGUGGUCUGUAACAAGGGGUCAGAGCAUGUCCGCCGUCUGUCCCUCAGGUGGGUAGAUGUGGUCCAUCUGGCUCUCUACAACUUGUCCGUCAGCAGCAAGAAGAAAUACUUUGAGCUGGAUGAGAUUUUGGCCUUCGUCUCUGCUAACUGGGACCAUUUACAGCUAGGAAAGCUGUCCAACACUCCUCCAGCAGAAAGGGGGCAGCACCUACAGGAUGCUCUCAAUAAAUACAAGAGCAAGUUCCUGUGUGGUAAAGAGAUGAAGAAGAGGAAAUGCAUUUUCUGUCUGAGGACCAGAGUUCCUCCUAACCCUCCCAACAAACUCUUUCCUGAGCGUGCCCAGAACGACAGUGGGCGGGGCUCCAAGAAGACCUCCUCCAGUGUUCUGGUUGAAAGGAAGAAAAGGAAGUCCAAGUGGCUCCUGGAGGACGCCAUUCCCACCAACGAGCUGACCUGCAGCUGGACUUCCAACCACCACAUGGCUAACAUAUUUGACUUCACUCUGGAUGAGCUGCAGAGCCUGAAGAGCAGCUCCAGUAGAACCGUCAGCAUCGAUCAAGACUCCACUGACGUCUCCACCUCUGGUUCUGUCACCACCAGCGGCUCAUAUCACUUCAGGAGGAGAGUGGGCAGCAAGAAGAGGAAGUUGCCUAGCAACAGCUACAGCCAGUGGGCCAAUCGCAGUGAGGUGGGGGAGGAGCCCUCUGACAUCCCUGAUGUUCAAGCUGCUGAAAGCCCCGCCCAUCUCACCACAGAACCCUCCUGCUUCCUGUCUGACUCCUCCCACAUCCAAUCUGACUCCUCCCUCCUCCACUCCUCCAUCUCCUCAUAUUUCGGAACAGCGGGCCGCCUGACCAACGGUGAGCGGUACCAAGUGUUGGCUCGCCGUGUCACACGUCAAGGGACGGUCCAGUACCUGCUGGAGUGGGAGGGAUCAACACCUUAUUAGGAGGUUACCGUUCUAACAGGGUUCCAGGUGUGUGAGAAGCUCCGAUCCCUCAACAUCCACACUCAGUCAGACAUGAUGCUGGUUGGCAAACAGGUGUCCUUAUGUCAGAUGUGGAUCAGGUGUGUUUGGAUAAGUCAGGUAUCAGAGCCGAUCACUCACCUGUAUAGUCAGUAUUUAGUCCAACAGGUGUUAUAAUUCAACCAAAGACUCUGUAGUUCUCUGUAGUGUCCUCGCUCUGACUGUAGGUGGAGCUCUCCUCCACAGCUUCUUUUUCUCUGAUUUGUUGAAAGUUGUUUCUUCAGCACCCCCUAUCUGUUAAACAGAAGCACCUGGGUCACAUGUUAACCUGUUUACAUACCCCGCCCUUUGCUGUUACCCAAGUCUGAUUGGUCUGAGUCGCUCCAGUGUUGCACUGUGGUCCAAUCAGAGUCUAUGCAAACAUCUAGCUGAUAAUAAAUACCAGUGAUGGAUCAGUGAUCUCGGUUAGCUCAAAGCUAACACUGCCCAUUGAUAUAAAAGAGGAGUGCUAACGAUAUCUGAGACGUUAAACUGUCACUCUGUCACUUUAAAUGCUGCCAUGGUAACCGUGUGCCCCUCCUAUUGGCCAGGUGGACAGUUGUUUUGAUCAUGUAACUGUUUGACCACUUGCAAUAAAGUUACCUGACCUUUGA